UUUCGGUAAUUGUUUAUUGUAGAAAAGUGCAUCUUCUUGAAAUAAAUUUGUUUAAGGACAUUUUUUUGAAAACAUUAAAUUGCAAUGGAUAAGGCAGAGACAUUAGAUGUUUCAAACAGCUUAGCUGAUAAAAUUGCAACUAAAAACGCCAGCACUAAUUCUCUGGAUACAGCUGACUCAAAGUCUAGUUCAAUUGGUUCGAAGCAGGGGGUAGACGUAGGUGCAACCCGCGACACGCCCUUUGUUUAUCUCGAUGGCGAGGAAGACCAAGAUCUAAAAAAUGAUGUUACAUAUGUUUGCCCAUUUAGGGGUCCAGCAUUUGGUGCUUUAACAAUUACCAAUUAUCGCCUAUAUUUUCGUUCUUUACGGGACCAUGAUCCACCUGUUGUUGUCGAUGUGCCAUUGGGUGUAAUUGCACGAGUGGAAAAAAUUGGAGGUGCAACAUCUCGUGGUGAAAACUCAUAUGGAAUUGAAAUAUUCUGUAAGGAUAUGCGUAAUUUACGUUUCGCGCAUAAACAACAAAAUCACUCACGACGCACCGUAUUUGAAAAGUUACAGUCGUAUGCUUUCCCACUGUCGUUCAGUGGUAGGCUGUUUGCGUUUGCUCAUGCUGCAGCAUCUGGACCAUCGCCGUCUCCAGCGGAAAAUGGUUGGGCUGUUUAUGAACCAUUAGCAGAGUUACGUCGUAUGGGUGUACCAAAUGAUAUGUGGCGCAUAACAAAAUUGAACGAAGCUUACAGUGUUUGCGAUAGUUAUCCGGUAGUAUGGGCUGUUCCCAAAGCAGCGUCUGAUGAAUUUUUGCGCCGUGUAGCUCAAUUUCGUUCACGUUGCCGUUUGCCGGUACUAUCUUGGAUACAUCCACGCUCCCAAGCAACUAUAACACGAUGUUCACAACCCUUGGUCGGGGUAGGAGGCAAGCGCAGUGCAGAUGAUGAACUUUACCUUAGUUAUAUUAUGGAGGCAAACGUACAAUCAGAUAAAUUGGCAAUUAUAGAUGCACGACCCAGUGCCAAUGCUAUAGCUAACAAAGCCAAAGGUGGUGGCUAUGAGUCGGAAGAAGCAUAUAAAAAUGUGGAAAUCCACUUUCUCGAUAUACACAACAUACAUGUGAUGCGUGAAAGCUUACGAAAAGUAAAAGAGGCGUGCUAUCCAACCAUAGACGAUUCUAAAUGGCUUUCAGCGAUUGAUGGCACAUUAUGGUUGAAGCACAUUAAAUGCAUAUUAGCCGGAGCAGUGCGUAUUGUUGACAAAGUUGAGACAAUGAGUACAUCGGUAGUGGUGCAUUGUUCAGAUGGUUGGGAUAGAACUGCUCAGCUCACAGCACUAUCCAUGCUAUUGUUGGAUCCAUAUUAUCGUACCUUGCGCGGGUUUGAGGUACUAAUUGAGAAAGAGUGGCUUUCUUUUGGCCACAAAUUUCAACAACGAAUUGGUCAUGGUGAUAAUCGCCAUUCGGAUGCGGAUCGUUCACCAGUUUUCUUGCAAUUCAUCGAUUGUGUUUGGCAAGUUAGUCAACAAUUUCCAAAUGCUUUCGAAUUCAAUGAACACUUUCUGAUAACGAUCAUAGAUCAUUUGUAUUCUUGUCGUUUUGGCACUUUCUUGUACAACACAGAAGCUGAGCGCGUAGCGGAAGAUCUUAAACACAAGACUGUUUCACUUUGGACAUAUAUUAAUGGCUCACUGAAUCAGUAUUUAAAUCCGCUAGCUUUUUCGCAUGGAGCUCAAACUGUACUGCGCCCAAUUGCGAGUAUGCGUUACGUAAAAUUAUGGAAAGGUCUAUAUUGUCGUUGGAAUCCAAGCAUACGACCUCAAAAUCGAAUAUACCAUCGUACACGUGAAUUGCUCGCUUUACAGGAUCAGCUCAUUAAGCAAGUCAGCGAUUUACGUAUGAAGACAAGUUCUCGUCAAACGGCGCAAACUUCGACGCGACUGGCUUCACCAAUGCAUUGAAGCUUCUUGAGCAUAAAACAUAAAUCACCUAGUAAAAAAGUAUUUGUAUUAUGUCCAUGUAAUAGUCUUAUAUAUUUUGUACAGAAUUUGCACGUACCUAUGUACAUAUAUGUACUAUAUAUGCAUAUAUUAGACAUACACGUGUAUGCAUAUAAAAUUUGAAUAUGAUAAGUGCGCUUGUCACUUCUUUAAUUUUAUAUAAUACUAAAGCUUUAUCUUAUGUAAAAUCUUAAUUCUUGAUAAUGCAUUAUAAAUAUAUACAGUUUCAUAAAUAAUAACACAUAAAUCACU